GACGGACUAGACACACGAAAAAGUAAUGAAAGUGAAACUUGAGGAGACGUUUUGUCUACAUAAGUAGUAAUAAUUCACCCUUUAAGAAAAUGUAGUGAGGGAUACUUGUAUAUCUCUUUUUUUUUAAACCUUCCAGAUGGUAAUAUUUUAACAAGCUGAUUUAAUUAACACCAUGGCAGAUUUGGAUGAAUUCCCUGUGGUGUUUAUAGACCCUGUCUAUGCUACAGUCACCAGUAUGUCUGGACUAGAUGGUGAUGAUACUGCUGAUCUUAAAUGGAUGGAAAAUUGUGGGAUGUCAGGGGGAAUAAUCAAGUUCUCAACACAAGGAUGUGUACAAAGAAGAUCCAAUGUGAGCUACUAUGUAAAGAUGGCAGAAGAAACCAGUACAGAUAUGAUAGCAGACUAUUUCUACAAAGCCUGGAAGUUGGGGACACCAAACAUAGUGGUAUCUAUUAUAUCUAAUCCUGAUCUAUGGAAGAGAUGGAAGAAUCAAAAACAAAGAGAAGAUUUUCAGAAAGGGAUAGUGGAGGCAAUAAAUACAACAUCCAUGUGGUUACUUACUGAUGGUACUAACACUGGUGUUUCUAAGAUGAUAGGAAAUGCUAUUAAGAAGGAGAAAGAAAGACGACAUUUGUUAGCAGCAAAUAUUUCUAAGCAGCACUUAGUUUCAGACAAUCUUGAGAAACUACCGAAAAUAACAGCAAUAGGAGUUAUUCCUACUUCUAAAUUGUCCUAUGCUGAAGUGUUUAAAACAGAGGAUACAGAAAUCAGCAUUGAAUUGAGUGAUCAAGACAACAUGUCAAUGUUAGAGGAACUAAAUCCUGACCUUACCAACUUUAUAAUGUUAGAUCAGGUUAAGACUAACCAAGAUGUAAAUGAUUAUAGACUAGCUAUAGAGAAAAGAUUCAGACGUCCUGUUGGCAAACCAAAGCAGUACAGAAAAGUUGAUGACACUGGAUCAGGGGAAGUAAUCACAAGUACGACUACUCCUCUUGUUGGUCUGCUGAUUCAAGGCGGCCGGACAGAUAUAGAACAUGUUUGUGAUCUGAUCAAAAUAAAAGUACCAAUAGUCAUUCUGAAAGGAACCGGUUCAGCUGCUGAUCUCUUCUCAUUUGCACAUGAUGAAAUUAAAAGAAGACCAGAUGAAGAGCAUGUGAAUUCAUACAUAAAACCAGAACUUCUAAAAAGGAUGAUGAAGGCAUUUCCUAAUGAAUUUAAGAAUGAUGUUUUAGCCAGAAAUCAAUGUAGAGACAGGAUAGUUGAAUGUUUACAGUUUUCUUUGAAGGUUGAGCAAAAUUUUGUUACAGUUUUGGACAUUGAUGCAGACACCAGUGUUUUAGAGAAUUUAAACAAGUAUAUUCUUCUUGCUUUGUUUGAAUCACAAGAACCACAGAAAGGUAAAAUGCUUCAAGAUCAACUGCAGAAAAACUUGAAACUGACAUUAGAUUGGAACAGACAUGAUCUAGCAUUAUCACAGAUAUUCCAGAAGUAUGACUGGGUUAGGAUAAAGAUUUCCAAUAAUUUGUUAGACUUAGCCAUGAUAAAGAAGGACAGACACAAGUUCGUACAGUUAUUCUUAGACAGGGAUGCGAUAGAAGUGCACAAAUAUUUCAGCCAUAAAAAGUUUCUGUAUCUCAUAAACCACUUUGAGGAUCCAGAAUUCUUCCGCACAAUUUGCCUCGGAGAAAUGUUGGGUUACUCACCAAUUUCAGACUACCCUGUCAGUAAAAGAUUUGUAUAUGGAUACAAAUGUGGAAUGAAUAAACUAUUGUAUAAAGCAACAUAUCUGUCACAGUUAGCUGCAUUUACUGAUUUUGAAGAAAUUGAGGCAAUGGAAAGUAAUGUUUCAGCACCUGCUGUAGCUGAAAGAAAGGCCUUCAAUAUCUUAGUUUAUUGGGCAGCAUUAAAUUUUGAUGCUGAGCUAACAAAGACAUUAUGGAAGAAAACUGAGGAACCAAUGGCAAUGGCUAUUAUUGUCAGUAUGAUCUGGCAUAGCAUGGCAAAAAGAUGGUGUCCUGAUGUUGACUUGAAAAGAAAGCUUUUGGCAUCUUCAAAAGAAUUUGGGAAAAUGGCAGUUCAGUUAUUAGACUACAGUUACAAAGAUUCUAACAUAAACACAAUUGCACUAUUGGAUGAACGUCUAGAGGACUUUAAUUUCAAGACUGUAAUAGAGCUUGCUCAUAUGUCAAAGAAUAAGCAUUUUAUUGCCCACUAUAUCUGUCAGAAGUGGCUAAGACGAAGGUGGUUUGGCAACUUACUUAUUAGAAAGUAUGACUGGGGACCCAUUAAGAUACCGAACUGGGUAAAGAUUUAUUUAAGUUUGGUGCUGAUAUUCCCAAUGUUUAUCUGGAUAGAAUAUGAUUUAGCAGACAAAAAAAGGAGACAGGACAAAAUAAUGGAUGGUAUUGAUUUUAAAUACCUAAUAAAAUAUAUAUAUAUUACAGAUGAUUACGAUGAACAGACAGUGAAAGAUGUACCAUUAGCUAGCCACCAUAGACCUGUUUUUGUUGAUGACUGGAUAGUAAAACCUACAGAAACAGUUGCCUUUAAAAUGAGAAGUGUUUGGCAGUAUGGAAGAGAGAGAUUGAAGGUUCCAAUACAUUUACAGUUUUAUUAUUUAUGGAGUGCACCCAUCACCAAGUUUUGGCUUAAUCAGGUUUUUUAUAUCAUGUUCCUGAUUUUAUUCAGUUUGGCCACAUUGUACCCAUACUGUGGUAUAUUUUCUCUUGAUAUUGCUGUAUUUAGCUGGAUUUUAAUGAUAUGGGCAGAACUUGUAAGAACCACAUUUGUUAAAAGAAAGAAAUACAAAGAAAUGGAUUUGUUUUGGACAAUAAUUGAAAUAUUUGUGAUGGCCUUUUUAUUGAUGGUCAUAUUGACUGCAAGGAUACCACAGUAUUUCAAGCCCUUCUUUACCUAUCUGACGACUAAGUUUAUAAUGAGUUUAGGUCUGCUCUAUUUCUACUACAGAGUGUUGGUUGUAUUUUUACCUAUUAGUUCAGUACUUGGACCUAUGCUCAUCAGCAUUAAAAGAAUGGUAAAACAUGACUUUCUGACAUGGUUUAGGAUGUAUCUGAUCAUCAUGGUAUCAGGUGCUAUUACCAUGCACGCAGUUCUGUAUCCAAACUUUCCCCUGGAGCCUGAAGGAAUACGAGUUGCACUGUCUAGAGCUUUCUUUGCUAUGUUUCUUACAAAAAUAGAUGAUUUAGAAGGUGCACCAUGUUCCAAUGUUUAUGCAAAUACUACAGUAAUUGGUCAUUGUUAUAAUAAAGAUUCUGCUUCUCUGUGGACUAGGAAGUAUUUUAACACCACUAAUCUUGUAUCACAGCCAGGAGAUAAUACCCCAAUAGCCAAGUGUCCAUACAGUAGUUUAGGAGGUUACCUGAUAGUCAUACAGUAUCUACUUAUUGUUAAAUUGAUAAUGGUCACCUUACUGUAUGCUUUGUUUAGCUCUACAAAUUCCAAAGUGCAGGGUCAAUCAGAAGCUAUAUAUAAGUACCAGAAGUAUAGUCUGAUUAUAGACUUUGAAGAGAAGUUGAUCCUUCCUCCACCAUUAAACAUCAUCAGCUAUAUUAUAAUGGUAUUCCAAUGUAUAUUCCGCUCAUUCAGGUAUUGUUGGAGGAGAUGUUGCAGGCGUUUAUCUGAUUGUUGCAAGAAAAAGGAAACAGUAGAUGGAGCUAGUAAAAUAAAUAUCAUGAUGACUCAGUAUUCAGAGAAUUACAGUUAUUGGGGAAACUUUGUCAAGAAAUUGGAAAAUGAAGAAGAACAGCUUCAAGCAGAAGAUAACAGGGCUAAUAAACAAAGUCAAAUGUUAGACAGUAUAAUGAGCCAGUUUUUACAAGAAAGAAAAUUUGAUGGUAAAUUGGUAGAACAGAUUUCUAAUUUGGAACAGAAUGUUACUAGUUGUCAAAUGGCACUUGAAGAACUACGACACAUGAUUGAGAAAAUCAAUCCACAACUGCAGCCAGCCUUGGUAGCAGAAAAAAGUUUUAUACAUGUGCUCAGUAGAAGAUCACCUUACCCAGAGACAACUGUGACCAGAUUUCCUGUUUUUGAUAAAUAUGUGCCUUGGGAGAUACCAUACAUUACCUAUGAUCCAGUUGUAUAUUCCUGCCCCAAAGACAAUUAUCCAGAGAGGACACAACCAUAUGUUGAUCAAGACUUCCUACAAUCUCUGAUAGACAGUAAAGCCAUGUCUAUGCAGAAUGUGAGAGAAUCAGAAAUAGUCAGUAUAAUGCCUUCAUGGAAUGCAUCUACAACUGUUGUUAUUAAAGGCAAGAAGAGGAUGAUUGACAGGAAAACUUAUAUUAAACAAGAUGGAGUCAAAAUUAAAUAUCAGCUAGAUACCUGUAAUUUGCCUAUCAACCCGCGAGGGAGAACUGGUUUAAGAGGACGAGGUAGACUACACAGAUGGGGACCUAAUCAUAAUGUAAUAGUGGUUAUCACACGUUGGAAGAGGAAAGAGAACUCUGAGGAUUUUCUCAUUGUUGAUGAUAAAAGAGUGUUAGAAGUGAUAGCCAUACAGAAAAGUGACAGUUCAGAGUAUUCAUUACCUAGGGGAGGUGAUUAUGGAUAUUUGACUAUGUAUAGUGCUGUAUGUCAGAAGUUUUUGACCUUCACAGCUGAAGAUACAGCUACCAAGGUCAAUCCAGACAUGGAAGACACUGAUAUGAUAAAGUUUUUCAGACAGUUUUCUCCAUCCCAUGGAUCUUCAUCUCCCUUUACUUCCACUGUUAUCUACAAAGGAUAUUUUGAUGAUCAGUCCAAUUCAGAUAAUGCAUGGAGAGAGGUAGAGGUCUGGAAUUUACAUUUUGAUGAAGAAGACAGAGAGAAAGAAUUUAACUUAAAAAAUAAAGAGAAGAAAUGGAAGACUGUCUCUUCAUACAACACUUUCCUUGGAAGCCAGGACUUGAUACUUAGACAAGCUGCUAAUCUACAUACUGCUUAUUACUGAAUAUAUAUAUUCAUGUGUUAUUGUUUGUGAUUGAUCGAAUUUUGUGGCUUUUAAUUGUGUGCUGAAACUAUAAAAUUAACUACCCAAAGAAAUGCAAAUUUUAUAUGCUUUUUAGGCAAAGUCAGUAUAUUUUGAACAUGGAAUUUUUCUAAUAUAUCCUUCAGUUGAGUUCACUUGUUAUUUUUUCUCUUUGCCAAGUCACAAUCCAGGUUUUUUAGAAACCUAUAACAUUUUACAAUAAUUCACAAAAUUUCGUUUCCACAAAUAGAAGAACUUUCACAGAAGUUAAAAUUUCCCAGCACUUUCUAUGAAAACCAUUUGGGAUACCAUUUCACAAAGCAGUCAUGGGUGUUAAAUGUGCAUAAUUUAUAUACAUUUGUAAUGUGAACUUUGUAAGCUUUGUUAAAUGAUGUCAGGGCCUUGUACUUACAAAACAUAUUCCACUUGAAAUGUAAGCAGAGACUUAAUACUGUUCCACACUUUCCAUGUAAGCCAAGACUUGAUUUUGUACAACACUUUCAUGUAAGCUUUGAUCUAACACUGUACAACACUUUCCAUGUGCAACAGCACCAAUGUGACCAUGUAAACCAUACUUUACACUUUUCAUAGAAGCCAUGACCUGAUACUUUACACUUUUCAUAGGAGCCAUGACCUGAUACUUUAAACUUUUCAUAGAAGUAAUGACCUGAUACUUUACACUUUUCAUAGGAGCCAUGACCUGAUACUUUAAACUUUUCCUAGAAGUAAUGACCUGAUACUUUAUACUUUUCAUAGGAGCCAUGACCUGAUACUUUACACUUUUCAUAGAAGUAAUGACCUGAUACUUUACACUUUUCAUUGAAGUAAUGACCCGAUACUUUACACUUUUCAUAGAAGUAAUGACCUGAUACUUUAUACUUUUCAUAGAAGCCAUGACCUGAUACUUUACACAUUUACUGUGUAACUCUUUGCCAGUCACUGUACAACACUUUCUGUGUAGGCCAAGACCUGGCACUGCACAAUACUUUCUAUGGAAACAAUCUACUGAUAAAUAUGGCAUCUGCUUAUUACUAAUUACAGGUAAAUCUGUUGUGCAGUUUUAUUGCACAUACAGUUUGACAGACAGUAUGCUCAAUUAAAUGCUCUCAUAAGAAUGAAAUUGUUGAACUACACAGCAUGGUUCCUUUGUACGGAUCUGUUGACAUAUUUUUCUCUUCAAGAUUUCAGAAAUCAAAAAGAAAAUCCUUCAAAUUUAUUUUUUUAUUUAAAAAGGGGGGGGGGGUCAAUUCGCAACAGCAUUGUGUAUUGCACAAAAGCAAAAAAUUGAAUAUAACUUCAAAUCAUAUAUCAUAUAACCAAUUCAAAGUUCUUUGACUACAGUUAUUCUGUGUCAGAAACCUAUUAUGUGUCAAAUAUUGAAUUACAAUCCAAAUUCAGACCUGAAUCAAGUGCGAAUAUUGUGUCCAUUUUUCCCCAACUGUUCAGGGUUGGACCUGUGAGGUCGUAUCAGGCUGCGCUUGGAGAAGCAAUUUAUUCAAACUGUUUUACUGUAUAAUGUUGGACUUUAUGAUAAUUUCUAUAUUAAACAUUGGGUUAGAUAAAAAUGUAUGAGAAAACUUGUAUGAUUAAGAUAGUGAAUAAAAUUCUAAUUGUCUGAUUAAUCAUUUCAAUAUUUCUAAUCAAUUGUAUAGCAAAAUGCAACUGUUUAUCAGCAAGCAGUAAAUUCCAGAUUGUUUAAUUUAAUUCCCUCAGUCUCCUGAGCUCUUUAAGUCACACUCAGUCAGUUGAAGCUUUGAUUGAUAUCAAGGAAAAUCAGCUAUUUCAAAAUCAAGUUGAAUGAAAUAAAAAGCAUAAUUUAUUUGUUUACAUUAAAAUAUAUUGUUAAGUAUGAUUUCAGAUGAUAUUCUUACCGCCAUAUUUAGUUUUGAUUCUGAUUUUUUUUAUAUGUGUUCAGUUACUAAAUGCUAUUUUAGUAUUUAUAUUUACAUGUAUGAUGUUUUGUAUUGUAAUUUGAUGAUUUAAUCAUUUUAGACUACUGAUAUACUACCCACUGUUUUAUUUUAAAAAAUGGAAGCUUUUUCUUUCAUUUCUAGUCAUUAACAUUUUGAUCUGCCAUUUUUAGUGCCUAAAAUGUCACUAUUGCAUGAUAUUUAUGAAAUUACCAUGCAAACCACAAAUUAAAGUAUAUAUCUAAUUUUCUUUACACUAAAACUUUAACAAAUAUUAACUUACUUUCUUGCACAUGGUCAACUCUAUUUUAAUUAUAUAGAGAGCUUUUAAAAAAAAAUAUCAGGUGUUGAAAAUUAAAGUGUUCAAGUGGAAAUCAGGUAAAUAUAAGUAGUCGCCUGGAGCAACAUGUUUCAACUAAGUAAUAAUGAUUUCACUAAGUAACAAAUGUUUAAGUAGGUCUAGGUAAUAUUCAAAUAGAACUGACCAAUUGCAAGAAAAUUAGGUACUAAAUUCUGAUAGGAGUUAUUGCAAUGACUGAAAGCCUUGAAUUAAUAAUUCAUCUGCUUUUUUUUUCUGCAGAGUUUAGUUUAUAGUCCGGUAGUUAGCAUUUGAUUUUCUAUGUAUGAUAUUAUUGUCAAACUUUACCUCGCAACUGUUUGUAAUCAAAAUAUAAGAGCUUCGCUUUGGUUGUAAAAGCUUUGUUACUGUAAUUUUUAUUGAAUAUUUAUCGUAUCGAUUAUGAAUAUUUGACAGAUUUUUUUUUUAUUAUUACUUUUUAUUUAAAUGGCCUUAAAAGGUUUUGUAUCAUUCUCUCCACUAUAACACAGUGAAAAAAAAUGUACCUUUUUGACACCCUCAAAAGCAAAGUAGUUAAGAGGGUGCACUCUGUCUGUCCAUCUGUUUGUCCAUUCAGAUUAUGUUAGGUUCAUAACUUAAAGGGACACUAGCUACAAAGAAAUUAUUCACUUUUUUUUAUAUUUCAAAUUCAAAUGUUGAGAUGAGAAUAAGGGAUUGGGUAAUGGGUAGUGUAUCAUUUGUGACCUUUGCACUUAGUACUUCUAGUUGUCCUUAGAUGUCUUUUAACAUUUGUUCGUCAUAUAAUGUAGAGACAAAUCUCUGUGUCAACAGUUUAUUAUAAAACUGUAUUUAACUGUAUAGGGGAAAGUAAAUAUUUUUCAUUGGUCAUUCAAGAAUGAAUUGUUGAUUAUGGUAACUCAAUAUACCAUUAUAGAUUUAUGAGAAUUGGGCUCUUAAUCCAAAAUACUUCUCAAACUAGACCAAUGUACAUACUGAUAAAUGGACAAAGGUUUAUCAUUAUCCCCAAGACACUUUUUAACAGAGCCUAACUACUAGAGUAUACCAUUAUUAUUAAAAAGAACGCUACGCCUUUGCUUAAAACAUUAAAUUACAUAUUUUAUUUUAGUUAGAAAAUUUUAAAAAUAAAAAUUGUGAAUUUUGAUAACUUUUGAAAAAUUUACACACAGAUAAGAUUUACUGCUUAUUUGUGUAAACGUAAUUAAAGACAAUUAUAUCCUAGUCAUAAUGCUUAUUUAAAGAUUUUGAUCAUUGUAUUAUAACUAUUUUAUAUUAAUUGCAAUGCAUGGAUUUUACCUUUUAUUAUAUCUUUCUUUUCUUACCUAGAGAUUUUACAAUUUGUCUUGAUGAUUUUUUGCCCUUUUGUCAAUAAAAGUUACCUUAUUUA